GUUAUCUGUGAUUGAAGGUGAUUUUGCGAGGUUAUGUUUACUGCAUAAUUUUGUCGAGUCAGAAUUCAGAAAUAAAUAGUCUAAGUUGCAGUAGGAAUUGAAUCAAUAAUCAAUUUACAGCGAAACUUUAUUAAAAUGUUAGUGACAUUGAAAACAUUACAGCAACUUACUUUUCAAAUAGAAAUCGACCCAGAAGAAACUGUCAAAGCCCUCAAGCUCAAAAUUGAAGUCGAGAAAGGAAAAGAUUACGCUGCCGACCAUCAAAGACUCAUUUACGCCGGAAAGAUUCUUCUUGAUGACAAUAAGUUAAACACAUAUAAUAUAGAUGAGAAGAAAUUUAUUGUUAUCAUGGUAACUAAACCUAAAGCGUCGGAAAUACAAGCUUCGUCAACCUCCGCUCCUGAAGCUGGGGAAAGCACUUCAACUGAAAGCGGCGACGGUAAAGAUAAAAAACCGGAAGAUUCUCCAAAACCUCCUGCUGCUGCUGAACCGGAACAUUCUGCUGAGGCACCCGUGACUGCUGCUAAUGAACCUGAUUUUGAAGCUACAGUUCAGAGCAUAAUGGAUAUGGGUUACAAUCGACAACAAGUUGAGCAAGCCUUAAGAGCUUCAUUUAACAAUAGAGAAAGAGCUGUGGAGUACUUAAUAACAGGAAUUCCUGAAGAGCUUCUGCAGGAACAAGAAGUUGAGGAAGGGACUGAUGAUGACCCUUUAGCUUUUCUUCGUGACCAACCACAAUUUCAGCAAAUGCGAGCUGUUAUUCAACAGAAUCCCAAUUUGUUGAAUGCAAUCUUACAACAAAUUGGUCAAACCAAUCCUGCACUUCUGCAAGCGAUCAGUCAACAUCAACAAGCUUUUGUUAGAAUGCUAAAUGAACCUGUCAACCCAUCAAGUGGUGCAGCUGCUACCGAAGAAAGUGCAGUUGAGCAACCACAACCACCUCAGAAUGUUAUUCAAGUUUCACCUCAAGACAAAGAAGCCAUUGAACGAUUAAAAGCCCUUGGAUUUCCAGAGCAUAUGGUUAUUCAAGCAUAUUUUGCCUGCGAAAAGAAUGAAAAUCUAGCAGCAAAUUUUUUGCUUUCACAAAAUUUUGAUGAUUAAUUAAAUUAACUCAUAUAAACACACUAAUUGUUAUAGUGCAGAGGCAAAAUUAUAAAUUCUAAUGAACAUACAAAAUGUGUAUUUCUUAUAACAUGUUGAUCUUAUGUCAAUAGCCUAACUGCUUCAUUAAUUCAUGUGUAUUUUUACACUGAUUAUACAAUUUGGGAUUGCUAAAUAAAUUUCUUUUUGGUUGUUUACAAAUAUAUUUUCAUCAUAUUUUUAUGCCUGAUAAUUAAUAUUAAAGAGAGAAAGUGAGCUCUACAGUUGAAAGUAAUUCAAUAAUAUGAAGUCUGAUUUGAAAUUGCAAAAUUUAGUGUUCCAUGGAAGCUAAAUUAUUAUAAUUGAUAAAUUUUCAAAACACAAUUUUCUUUUAAUAUUUAUCACUCAAUGGUUUUAGUGAAAGUAGAGAGAUUACCUAUCAUAUUAUUGACUUCAACAUUCUGCUGCAUAGUAUGUUAUUAUGUCCCUGUCAAACCUGUAAAAUAAUAUCAAUUCGUAAUAAUCAGCCUAAAUUUGUAAAUUAUGUUUCACUGAGGGCAAGCGGGUAAGGAACUAAGGAUGAUACAUUUAUCAUUUUGAAAUUUUGAAUAUUGAUUAUUCACUUUGAUAGACUGAGUGUUUUAUUUCUUAAUUCAUAUGUACAGUCAAAAAUAAAAUAAUUUGUAAUAAAGGA